AUGGUGGCAGGGAUGGCAGAAGGCGGGCACCUAGGUUUGAGCCUGGAGCGCCUGGCGAAACGACUCGCGGCCUGCGAGAGAGCGGUGGGAACGACUUUAACAGGCAGCAAUGCGACUUCUUCUGGUUCUGGCGAAAGCAUCUACACGCGGGUGUCGGAGCUCGAGACGCGUCUUGCUCGCAUCAAGCAGAAAGUGCCGGAGCUGACGGACUUCGAGGAGAAGUGGCCGGACCUGGAGCCGUUAGUCUUCGAGGAGCGAGCACAGCUCGACCACCUCUUGCUACAGAAGGCUGCAAAACGGGAGUACGUGUUGCAACACGCGCCCAUGCUGCGGGAAUACGCUGAAAUCUUAGAGGGAAUGCAGGCCAACAGCGGAGAUUUUGACGACACGUGGCAGAAUUUGGAAGACCGCAUCGGCUUUUUAACGCGGCAAAACGAAAUACUGGUCGCGGAAGUUGCCGACCUCAGCGCCAGCAUCCAGGAUCUGGCCGAAUCCUACGCGGAUGUCAUCAACAAAAUGAGCCGAAACCUCCUGGCGUUGUCAAUUGGAUCUUAGCGCUUAACGUCGUUUCAUGAACCAAUUACAGACAAAAGUACGGAAUCUGGUGCGCAGAUUGUGCGCGCACAAUUUCCAAUUUCAAGAAAACGUUUCCGCUUGUUCCGCAAGAAUGAGUGCGAGGUAUGCAAUGUUGACAAGUGGAGGAAACCAAAC